AUGCCUGUCACCCCUUUGAGCGACACACGUGUCCGCCACGACACGGAUGUGGAGGGCACACCACUGAUAGCGCCGUUAGUCAACGUUAACGGGCGGCCAGCAACACCAGAGCAUAAUCAGGAGCGGCAGCAGCGACCAUACCACACAGGCGAUCCGCAGUCUACGUCGCAGGAUGCGGGCGCCGCAGCGGCGGCGAUGCCUGACACGCCAGAUCAACGGCAACUAUCACAGAUGCAGUACCCAGGCUUGCAUCUAGAGCAGCGCCCCGGCCGCUUCCUCACAUCAACUCAUAACACAGAUGCCACCAUGCCCCGGAUGACGGACCACACGUUCGUCAGCGCGGAGUUCUCCGCCAUGCAACUCCUGCCGGCGCGACAGGUCGAGUCGCCGAGCCGCGACUCGGAGGCCGGUGGCGGUGUCGGCAGAACCGGCCCCGAGGCGUACCCACAGCAGUGGGCAAGCCGCAAUGCGGAGUCGGAGGCAGGCAGUGGCUGGCACGAUAUUGCCCAUCUCACGUCCCUCUUCCGCGCCAUUCCACCGGCGACGAGCCCAUCGUUGAUGGGGGCUGCGCUUCUGCAGCAGGUGCGCAUCGCCACCGCUGAGGAGCGUCGCGUGCGUCUUUUGUUCCACACUCGGCCGCGCAUCCGGCUGAGAGAGCGUCCGCGGAUGGUGAUGAACCCGGUGCUCGACCGGCCAGGGUGGGUGCAGUCGCUGUGCUACCCUGUUCUCUGCAUACCGUGUAUGCGCAACACUAUCUACUCGACACCGCUAAGCACAGUGAUGCGGGCGUCAUGCGAGACGGACUUCUUCGGGUCAGCGCAGCCAAGCGUUGCGUUCUUGGCUUCCGAGACGUCGGUGCUGCCCGGCGAGCAGCCGCGACCCGACUUCAGCGGGGCUGCCCACGGCGGCUCGCGCGCAUUGGGCGCCCCGUUGACGACCGCCAUGCCGACUGCCCCAGCUUUCUACCACGUACCCAUCACGGCGCCGAGGCUAGCGCAGUCAAGUGCGUACCAUCGCCGUGCUGAUAGUGAGCUCCUUCUUCACCGUAUGCCACUUCCGCCGCCCUUGAACCCGCUGAGCGGCAUCGGUGAACGCGCAGCGGCAAACUCGCACAGGGAGCUGCUCAUCUCCAGCAUCGAGACGCCCAGCUGGCCGGUGCGGUUCGCCCACAAUUGUAGUCACCUAAUGUACCGGUGCUUCUGUGUGCGGUGUGCCAUUGCUUCCCAGAUGCAGGCGCUGCAGGUGGACGCUGACAUACGCGGCGCUAAGAUGACACUGUUUCCGCUCUGCACCUGUCUGGGGGCGGCGUCCAAGUCGCACACCGAAAUCCUGUCCACGCUGUGUCUCCUGGACUUCCUCACGCUGGGCGCUCCGUUUGGUUGCUGCUGCUAUCAUGGACUUGGCUCCGCUUUCUACGGGUGGCACCUGCGCUACAUGCUGCGUGCGCGGUAUCGCAUCUUCGCGUGGACGUCGAUUGACUUACUCAUCAUGUGCUGCAUCCCUGGUCUUGCGCUGGAUCAGCAGGGGGCGGAGCUGUUGCUCAACGGCACGCCUGAGGCCACCGUAGGACUGCAGUUUAUGGCUUAG